GUGCGGGCGGGUGCCGCCAUGCCCAUGUACAAGGUGAGGCCCUUCCACAGGGUCGGCGGGGAGGUGCUGGCGGAGCAGCUGCCCACCUGCAUGUACCGUCUGCCCAACCUGCACCGCCAUCCCUCGCCACCGCAGCAGGCAAAACCGGAAAAUACCACGUUGCGCUACUCGAGUUGACUUCAGCCUCCCUCCAGUGUCAGCAAUGCCUUGCGUUCUUCCAGGCUGCUUGUGGCCGGCUGUAGCUUGAUGCCAUCACAUCUUUUCAGCGAGCGAUUGCUGUGCCCUCUCUCCCAUCACAACAGCAAAGAAGAGGUUGACCCAUCACUUCAAGCGCUUGAAUCCCACCAGGAAGAGAUUCUAAAACGCUUGUAUGAACUGAAGAGUGCUGUUGAUGGUCUCUCAAAGAUGAUACAAACCCCGGAUGCUGACUUUGAUGUAACGAAUAUCAUUCAAACUGAUGAGUGUUCUCCUUUGACAACAACUGGAGCAGAUUUAGAUUUGAUGCUUGGAAAGGAUUAUGGUGCCCUGAAAGAUAUUGUAAUCAAUGCAAACCCUUCUCUACCUCCGCUGUCAUUGUUAGUACUACAUAGUCUGCUUUGUGAGCGCUAUAAAAUACUGUCGGCUGUUCACACACAUUCAUCGGUGAAAAGCGUACCAGAAAGCCUCUUGAAAUGCUUUGGAGAGCAGACGAAGAAGCAACCGCGUCACGAGUAUCAGUUGGGCUUUACUCUUAUUUGGAAGGAUGUUCCAAAACCCCAGAUGAAGUUUAGCAUUCAAACAAUGUGCCCUAUCGAAGGAGAGGGGAACAUCGCUAGAUUUCUCUUCUCCCUGUUUGGCCAGAAGUACAACGCAGUUACUUCAACUCUGAUUGACAGCUGGGUUGAUACAGCCAUCUUCCAGCUGAAAGAAGGCAGCAGUAAGGAAAAAGGAGCAGUCUUGCGCUCUAUGAAUGCUGCCCUGGGCAAGACAGCAUGGUUGGUGGGAAACGAACUCACCGUAGCAGACAUUGUUGCGUGGUGUGCGCUUCAGCAGACAGGUAGCGCAAAUGCUGCCCCAGCCAACGUGCAAAAAUGGAUGAAGUCAUGUGAGAACUUGGCACCUUUCAGCUCUGUUAUGAAGCUACUAAAGUAAGCCUGUCCUCUUUGUAAUGGCGUUAUUUUAAUCUUACUCCACCUCACGCUUGCUGUAGUGGUUUGAGUCCUUUCUGAGAUGUAUUCAAGUACUACUCCUAAAACCAAUAAAAACAUUACAGCUAC